AUGACGGCGGUGGCGCUGGCGCUGGCAGAGGGCUGGCUGGUGUGUCAGCCGGCCGUGUUCGUCGGGGUGGUGACGUUGCUCGUCUUGAUCUUGAGCGCGGCUGGCUUGGUGGCUCUCCAGAAUAUGCAUGAAGGGCUUCCACCGGGCAAGUCAUGGCUCGAGCGAACGCUGCUGGCAGCAAGCCCCCGGCGGUUAUGGCGAUUGUUCUUCAUGAUCUUGAGCUGGCUUCAAAUGAUUGAGAUGCUCCAGCGCAAAAGCAAAAGGCAAUUUUGUUUUUUUAGUACGUUGCUAUCUCCCAACGCGCUGGCGCGACCUUGGUCCAUGCCUCAUCGCCGUGCCGGGACUCUCCAAUCUCGCUUCGCUGCCAGUGGUGGGGCUUGGUCCUCGGGUGACAAGGCCAUGUAUGGCUUGAUCGGCCGCGAGGCAUCGGCCAAGGGUGUUUUGGCGGCCGUAGCCAACUAUGCAUAUUGGCCACAAGGGACCAUGCACCACAUGCUACAAGACCUCGUUGAUGCCGUUCAGGCUGUCCGUCGCCUCGGUGUCACCCAGAUUUGCUUGAUGGGACACUCCGCCGGUGCACAUCUGUGCACUUUGCUACCGCUGCGUUUGGCGCGUGAGCUGGCUUUCAGGGCAACUGGAAGUGGUGAUGCCGACUCAGUAUUAGCAGAAUACUCUGCAGAAGAGCUGCGCCAGAGUUUCGAGGCGCUUCGGGCGGUGGUGGGCUAUGGGGGAGUUUACAAUAUUCCGAUGCACUUUGCUCACGAGGCGUCCCGUGGCGUCGAGUAUGUCUCAAAGAUGCGCCGAUCUGUGGCGGGCGAGGCACGCGACCUGAUCCUGUACUCGCCUUCCCUGUUGGCUCGUGAGCUUACCCUCGACCAGAUGACUAUGUCUGCACGGUGGCCCCACUAUUUCCUCAUGCAUGGCCAGCUGGAUGACGUGGUGCCGUGUCGUUCGGCUGUGGAGUUUGCAGAACGAAUGCGCUUACUUGGAGCUGUCGUUGACGCACAAUACGUUCACGGCGGACACUCUGAGCUGGUCAUCUCCCUCAUGAGCCCGCGUUGGCGCCUUUACACUGCGACCCACAGCCUCCUCAACGACGCACUCGGUUGUCUCUCUUGA